CUUCACUUAUUACCAAAUGACUUAUUUAUCCACCACUUCUACAUCUGCUUCGAUAUCUCGUCAUGCAAAACUGAUGCCAAAUAAUAAAAACUAUACAAAGGGAAAUUAAGCAAAACAACUGCAAGAAGGAAUUAAAAAACAAAACAAACAUGGCAAAUGUUAGUGAGCGCAUUGAUAAACUAAGUGAUGAAGCAGCCGGUUUACGGAAAGAAGUGAAGGAACUAAAAGAAACAUUACAAGAACAAAAUGAACUGAUUAUUAACCUGCUUACCAAACAGAAUCUAUUGCUGGAGCAAGCAAGUGUGGCACCACCGUCACUCGAACCAAAUGCAACCGAAGUAAUGUAUGGGAAAAAUAUUACGCAAAUUUUGCGUCGUUUUCCAUUACAAGACAUUGAAGACCUAGGCGAAUAUGAAGCAGAACUAAAUGAUAAUAACAUGCAACAAAAUAUUAAUAUUGUACAACAUCUAGUAGCACCCCAUGGACUUGUAAAAAAUAUUGUGCAUGUUAUUUCGGACAAAAUUAUAAUGGAUGUCAAUGUUGAUGGCCAUCACAAUAAAAAGAGGCUACUGGAUUAUAAGAAAUUUAUAGAAGUCUUGUACAGUGCCUGCUAUACGGAUGGCUAUACUAAGAAAGAUUUCCUAAACGACUUGAGGCGUGCACUUAGAAAUAGUAAAAAUCGUUUGCACAAAAAUAACUGUGUAGCUCGACAAAAAAUGAGUGAAAGAUUUAUUGUAACAGAAUUAAACAUGGACAUUGUAAAAACUGAAGAAGAUGUUGAUUUCGAAUAGCUUACUAAAUUCGAUUAAUUUUAAGUUAGCUUAUUUUGGACUAUUUGAUUUAGUUUUCAUUCACAGUUUUUAGGUGAUAAAUAGGAGUAAGAUUUUUUAUUUCUUUUGUCAAAUUUCCUGAGAAAUGGAAAAAAUAAACAUCUGUUAGUACAAACUAACAUCAUCAAAAACUACUUUGCAAUAUAAAAAUAAGUUUACAUAA